CAAGUAAACGCAAGAGAUUAGCAUUUCUGGACCUAUUAUUAGAGAAUCAUUUCAAUGAUAAUUCACUGACUCUGGAGGACAUCCGGGAAGAGGUCGACACUAUUAUGUUUGCCGGACACGACACCACUGCCCUAAGCCUGUCCUGGACACUUUACUUUAUUGGUUUGGAUCGGGAUAUACAGCAUCGUAUUCACGAGGAAAUGGACUCUAUUUUGGGCACAAAUAGAGACGUCACUAUCGAUGACAUCAAACAAAUGCAUUACUUGGAGGCAGUUAUCAAAGAGUCUCUGAGACUCAGACCUCCCGUUCCCACAAUUAUACGCGCCAUUAAGGAAGACCUGAAUCUUGGAAAGUAUACAAUACCUAAAGGCGUCUCACUGUGUCUGAUGAUAGAUAGUUUACAUCAGGAUCCCGAUAUAUAUCCUGAACCUCUACUUUUCAAACCCGAAAGGUUUCUGAGUGAAGGGAACAGUAGUGCCAAUCCCUUCGCAUACCUGCCCUUUUCGGCCGGUGUCCGCAAUUGUAUCGGUCAGAAGUUUGCGUUAAUUGAGUUGAAAAUAGUUUUGGCGAAAGUGUUGCUUAACUAUAGCUUUGAAUCCCUGGACCCGAGAGACCGUAUCAUUGAAUACAACGCUAUUGUCUCGAAACCAAAGGGUGGGCUAAGGGUUAGAGUUAGCCAUAGGAGUGGUGUGUAAACUAAUUGCAAG